AUGGACUACGCCAAGCACCUCGUGCAUGAUGAUAUGUUAGUAACAGGAAAUGAUAAUUCUAAAAUAAUGAAAGUACUACAACAAUUAUAUUCUACGUUUCUUCUUAAUGAUCUUGGUGAUAUCAAUUUUUUUCUAGGAAUUGAGACCCUUCAUUUUCCUGGUAACAUGAUCACCUUAAACCAAUUUAAGUAUAUUUUUGAGCUUCUAUCUAAAUCGGGGAUGCAAGAUUCCAAGCGCAUGAGCACCCCUAUAUUUAGCAAUUCUAAAUUAACGGCAAAUACUAGUACUCCCUUUGAAGACCCCACUCUCUUUCUAUCUAUAUUGGGGGGUCUACAAUAUGUGACUGUGACUCGCCCUGACAUUGCCUUUUCGGUAAACAAGCUCAGCCAGUUUAUGGCUAAUCCUAUGCUAGAACAUUGGAAUGCAGUCAAGCGAAUUUUGAUUGAGAUGCAGAUAUGGAUGAUCGCAAAUCUAUUUCUGGUUAUUGUGUUUAUUAUGGUUCGAAUCUUAUCUCUUAGAAGUGCAGCAAACAACCUACUGUUAGCCGCAGCUCUACAGAGGCGGAAUUCUGCGCACUAG